GUUUUUAUGCAUUGUUUAAAACCCUUUGUGCGGCGUGAGCUUUGAUGUGGCGUGUUGCGCCACGUUCGGCUAACGGCGUCUGCGCAAUAAAUCACUACGAUUUAUAACUUUAUAUUGAGCAUCUUGAGGGCCAUGAGGAAUUACUUUUAGGAUUGCAGUGUCUCCUGAGUGAACAUCUGGAUGUCCUCUUUGACUAGAAUUGCAAUCAGCCUAUGCUCCUCCAUAAAGUCAUCACAUCUGCCUUCAUCAGCCCCACCUGUCAUCUGCUGCUUGGAGAAAACCUCCAAGGUGUUUCAGGGAAUCCCGUGUGUAGAAUAUGUCUGGCCCUGUCCCAAGUCGCUCUCGAGUUUACCCUGAUGUAAACACACAACGACCCAGAGAGUACUGGGACUAUGAAUCCCAUGUUGUUGACUGGGGAAAUCAAGAUGACUACCAGUUGGUGCGAAAGCUCGGCCGGGGAAAAUACAGCGAGGUGUUUGAAGCCAUAAACAUUACGAACAAUGAGAAAGUUGUUGUCAAAAUACUCAAGCCAGUAAAAAAGAAGAAAAUUAAACGAGAAAUAAAGAUUCUGGAGAACUUGAGAGGAGGCCCCAACAUCAUAACACUUUUAGACAUCGUAAAGGAUCCUGUGUCACGAACGCCAGCGCUGGUUUUUGAGCAUGUUAACAACACAGACUUCAAGCAACUGUAUCAGACAUUAUCAGACUAUGACAUUCGCUUCUACAUGUACGAAAUUCUUAAGGCUCUGGACUACUGCCACAGUAUGGGGAUAAUGCACAGAGAUGUAAAACCACACAAUGUCAUGAUCGACCACGAGCACAGAAAGCUUCGGCUGAUCGAUUGGGGUUUGGCUGAGUUUUACCACCCAAACCAGGAGUACAACGUGCGCGUGGCAUCCCGAUACUUUAAAGGCCCUGAACUACUUGUGGACUAUCAGAUGUAUGACUACAGUCUCGAUAUGUGGAGUCUUGGAUGCAUGCUCGCCAGUAUGAUCUUCAGGAAGGAACCGUUUUUCCAUGGACAUGACAACUAUGAUCAGCUUGUUCGGAUCGCAAAGGUUCUGGGCACAGAGGACCUGUAUGAUUACAUCGACAAAUACAACAUUGAACUGGACCCACGCUUUAAUGACAUUUUGGGCAGACACUCCCGUAAGAGAUGGGAGCGAUUUGUGCACAGCGAGAAUCAGCACCUGGUCAGUACCGAGGCUCUGGAUUUCCUGGACAAGCUGCUACGUUACGACCACCAGGCUCGACUGACAGCUCGUGAGGCCAUGGACCACCCUUACUUCUACCCCAUAGUUAAAGACCAGGGCAGAGGGGCACCAGCUACAGGAAUGGUUGCCAGUUCCACACCAGUGAGCUCCUCUAGCAUGAUGGCAGGCAUCACCUCUAUGACUCCGAGCACACAGCCCAACAUGGCCAACAUCAGCGCUGGUUCUCCCGUCAUCCCUGCCCCUAACACAAUGGCCACACAAGUGCCCACUGCCGCAGGAGCCCAGCCCUGAACACCAACUGCCCCUGUCUCUCUCUCUCUCUGUCACAUCUCUAGCUCUCUAUCUUCAGUGGGCCUGCUUGGAAUUGUGAAUCGGGGGGCCAUUGAUUUUUGUUUCUUUUUAUGUUGCAAGUAACCGAAAACUAAAAUGUUAAGUUACUGUUUUAUUUUUUCUCUUCAGUUGUGUUGUUUAGGGGUUUAUGGACUCAAGGAAACCCGUCAUGUUUUUGCACCUGUCUGUGUGAGUUAGGAAAGCAUAUGGGUGUAAGCGUUCUAUCACAGUGACUGUUUAGAAACACACAUAAAUGUCCACCUGAAGGAUAAUAAAAAUUAAUUUUAUAUGUCCCUCUAGCAUUCUUGUGCUUGAAGACCAUUUCACUUGGCUUAAUUUUAAUUGUGUGUGCUUUUUUUGGGAGGCAGGGGUUUUUAGGGAGUGUUUUAGGCAUAGUCCCUACUUUUGUGUUUUACGGUCCGAGUCUCGAUCGCAACGGUUCACAAAACUUGAUGUACAUAAUGGACAUCUUGAGAGUAAAAAUGCCGGUACAGGGCCUGUUGUCCCUGAAUUUUGAAGAAUACGAUGAUGGGGACAAGAGAAAGCAGCUUUACUGGGAGGUAUAUGCUUGGUCAGAGCGCUGACUGUGCUGGUGUCAUGAUUUAACCCGUUAUUCUGUUUCAGCUCUGAAAUGAACCGAAGACCAGAUCAAAACUACUGUAACAUUUCUGAAGAUUUGUGUUGAAUCAUUGUGUAACAAAAUCCCCAUCUUAUAUAUUUCAGUUCAGCUGUGCUGGUUCUGUAUAGCCUGUUGGUUUUUGGACAGAUCUUGUUAGACUCAAUAGUAGCUGUUUGAGGUCUUGUACCAAUUGCUGAGUAACACAAUCAAUAAUAUGCCAAUUUUUGUGUUACUUUCAGUUGUGUGUGUGCGUGCGUGCGCGUGAGUUUUUUUUAAACAAGUUUCAGACGCAUUGGUUUGAUACUAUAAAGAGUUUUUGUAAUUUUCUUUUGAGAGGGGACUGUCCAGUGAAAUACACAUCUCUUUCUACCCCACGACUGAAUCAAUUAAACUGGAAAAAUAUCAAUU